UACUGGGAGGUUCCUAUUCUACCACUUUGUGUGCUUUUUCCUCUUUCUUUCUCUUCCUAGAUUAGGGAGGAAAGACGUGACACAAGUAGUUGCUGCAGCCUCUCUGCCUCGCUGCACGCUGAGCUCAGAGUUCAUUCGUUUGCUGUUGUUUGUUGGUCAUUUCCCACAUAACAGCGUCCCAAGUGAGCCUGCUGUUAAUUGUUGGUUGGAUCAACCCUGUGUAUUUUUUUGGAUUUUUUUUUUCACUAAGUGCUUACAUUUUUCCAGCGUUUCCACGUCUUUAAGCAGCAGGUUACUUCAGCUUUCCCAAUCAUUAUCUGAGGAAUACUUGGCUAUUGUGUUCUAAUCGUUUUGUUUUUCCUGCACAGAGGAUGUUGCUAUCUGUAUUUUUUCCAGUAGUUUGUAGUUCAGGUUUUAUUUGAAGUUCAGCGCUGACACGGGAGCGAGGAAACGAGUUUAGUUACAACUCUCUGGACAUAUUCUUUAUAUUAUUUUUAACUGAUUUUUGUUUUGCUUACUGAGGAGGAUUAGUAGGUUUGUUUUUGUAUCUGGAUGUGAGACUUUGAGCCAUGCUGCUGCUGCUGCUGCUGCCACUGCUCUGCUUGCUACCUUCAGUGAAACAACAGACUCCUCCUCCUGGUCGAUGUGAUAUCCUGCAGAGGUUGGAGGUACAAACAGACUGCACUUCCUGUGCUGCUGCCAUCACUGCGAGCUGCCCCCGCGGCUUCAGCAGCACUGGCAUCACCAACUGCAGUUAUGUGGUGAACAUCGGCAGCAGGGAGCUGCAGCUGGAGGGAUGUCAGCACAUCUGUGUGAAGAACGUCAUGCAGCCAAAGUGCUGCCAACAGCACUGGGGACCGCUGUGUCUCUCCUGCCCCAGCUGGUCUGGGAAGACCUGCAACAAUAAUGGGGUCUGUCAGGAUGGAGACCUGGGCAACGGAACCUGCAUCUGUAAUGAUGGUUUCACUGGCUUUGCCUGUCAGGAGUGUAAGAAUCCAAAUGCUUAUGGAGAAAGGUGUGAUAAAGUGUGUGACUGUAAACAUGGAGUGUGUAAUAAAGGUCCUGAAGGUGAUGGAGAGUGUUUGUGUCAGCCACCAUACACUGGGAAGAACUGUGACCAAGAGAAUCGGAGGUGCAACAAUUGCAGCCCGUAUUCAUACUGUAAAGGAGAGGGAGACGCCGCCGUAUGUGAAUGUUUGCCUGGAUACAGGAAGACGCCACAGAACAAAUGCUCAAGUGUUUGUUCACAGAGGGAUUGUGACGUUAAUGCCCAGUGCUCCUCUCGGGGGUUAAAGGUCAGCUGCGCAUGUAAGCCCGGCUACCUGGGCGAUGGCAAAAUCUGUAUACCUCAGAACCCUUGCUUAGAUAACAACGGGGGCUGUCCCUUGAACUCCACAGUUUGUGUCUUCAAAGGAGCCAACAAGUCCAGCUGUGCAUGUAUGUCCGGCAUGUCGCCUAUAGGUGGCAGCCCUGAGUCUGGCUGUCAGCUCGUCUCCGCCUGCUCGGUGGACACCUGUGACCCCACAGCUCGCUGUCAGACUGAACUGAAUGGCGAACCCAGAUGUGUUUGUGAAGUGGAUCAGAUCAGUGAUGGUCGGAGUUGUUAUGGUAACCUGAUGGAGCGCGCCAUGGAGCUGGACCGGAGCGGCAGCUGGAGAGGAAACUUUACUGGAGCCAUUUCCAUGUUCGAGGCAGGCUGUCCACGUCUGCUGAAUCAUAACGGACCCUUCACAGCUUUCAUCCCCCUGCUGAAAUCACCUCUGCCUGACUUAAAUCAGGAGACAGUAUGUAAAAACCACCUGAUCCUGGGUCAGUACCUCUACAGGGAUCUGACUGGUCGAGACUUCAACCUGUACGGAGGAUCCAAGCUGAGGACCAAAGAAAACAAGAGGUUCAUCUUGCUGGACAACCCCAGAAAACUGUACUCUGUCAUCCAGCAAGACCUGCCAGCAUCCAAUGGGAUCAUUCACAUCAUAGACCAGCCCAUCACACCCACCGACUCCUCCCCUCGUGAUGAACAGUUUGCUGAUUUGACAGUUGGAGAGAUUCUGACUAAGGACGACAAGUACAACCGCUUCCUGUCUUUGGUUGAUAACUGUGGGGCGCCGCCACCGUUGCGGGGGCCAGGACCCCUCACUGUGUUCGUCCCCACCAACCAGGCUGUGGACCGAGCCCGAGAUGGCAGCAUCCUGUACAUGCUGAAUGAUGCCAAAUAUAAACUUCAGGAACUCCUCAGACACCACGUGUUUUCCCAGGCUGCGCUGACAGUUGAUGAUCUGAGCACACUCUCUCGGAUUCAGACGAUGGCAAAUCAGAUGGUCAAAAUCGCUGCAUCUGAGGACGGCGGGAUCGUAUUGGGUGAGAAGAGCAUCCGUUUGAUGAGCACCAACAUCGUGGCAUCCAAUGGAAUCAUACAUAUGAUUGAUGGGCUGCUGUACCCGCCCUCCAUCCUUCCCAUCAUGCCUCACCGCUUUCAGGGUCCUUGUGUUCACUGCAGUUACCUCUCUGCGACCCAGUGUCCAGAAGGCAGCACCGAGCUGGGUAGUCAUCUGAGCGACUGCGAGUACGUCACAUCUCCUCUCAGGCCAUCGCUCAGCAAAGGCUGCGCCAAAUACUGCAACACCACCAAACAGGUAGCAAAGUGUUGUAAAGGUUUCUAUGGUCCGGACUGUAAGCCCUGCAUCGGAGGAUUUCAGCAUCCAUGCUACGACAAAGGAACUUGCUCUGAUGGUAUCCAUGGUAAUGGCUCAUGUAGCUGUCAGGCAGGCUGGACGGGUAUUGCCUGCCACAUCUGCUCAGAUCCAAACAAACAUGGUGUGAACUGUGAUGAAGAUUGCCGCUGUGUUCACGGAACGUGUGAUAACCGACCAGGCAGCGCUGGUGUGUGUCGGAGAGGUUCUUGUUUGGAGGGAUUCUCCGGGGACCUGUGUGACAAGACGGCCAUGCCGUGCAACGCAGACGGACUGCUGCAGCAUUGUCACAUCCACGCAUACUGUAAUCAGACAGGACUGGCUAUUACGUGUGUAUGUAAGGAUGGAUAUGAGGGUGACGGUCACUCCUGUACUGCCAUCAACCCCUGUCUGAAGAGUAACCGAGGAGACUGCGACACCAAUGCUGAGUGUGUGUAUGCGGGUCCAGGUAAUGCUUCAUGUGUGUGUGCUGAGGGCUGGACGGGUGAUGGCAGAGUGUGUGUGGAGAUCAACAACUGUCUGCUGGAGAGUCGAGGAAGCUGCAGCACCAACGCGGACUGUAAACACAUCGGACCCGGACAGAGUGACUGUGUUUGUAAAACUGGAUACAUGGGCAAUGGAAAGGUGUGUGUCCUCACCAACCCCUGCCUAAAAAAAACGGAGGCUGCCAAAUUAGCAUCCUAUAAUUCUCUCUCUCUCUUUCUCUGUGUGUGUGUGUGUUUUUUGUUUUUUGUAUGUCAGGCAAAGUGUGAGAAGACAGAUGGUGGAGGUCACACCUGUACCUGUCCUGACGGCUACGCUGGAGACGGAAACAUUUGCUACGGAUCAUUACUUGACGAGCUGGAGUUGAAUGUAAAGAUGUACAGUUUCUACCGGCUGACUCAGCGUUUCAGUCAUGCCUUUGAGGACCUGGAUGGGAACUUAACUGUGUUGGUGCCUACUGGAGACGCUCUCAGGAACAUGAGUAAAGCUGACAACUUAUUCUGGAACACCCGACACCACCUGCCUUACUUUCUGCGGGCCCAUGUGUUGAAGGGGAUCUACUCUGUGGAAGAUCUGGGCAGUAUGGUGGGCAAAAGACUGCCAACUCUAAACCUACCCACUCAGUGGGAGAUCAGCAACAGCAGUGGGGUCAUCCAAAUUGGAAAAGCAUCCAUCCUCACCCCCAACCUACCUGCGAUCAAUGGCUAUCUCCACUUCAUAGACAAGAUUCUGGCUCCGCCUCUCUCAGACCUCCCACCUGAGCCUCCCACACUUAUGGCUUUCCUAAACUCCUCUUCCAACUUCACGCUUUUCAGAGAGUAUGUUCUGAUGUACAACCUGUCUUCAAAUCUUACUGAGUCAUUUACACUUCUGCUGCCAACAGAUGAGGCUAUAAGGCAGCAUCUUAGCAGGACUAACACCUCCAUCCUGGACUCUGAUAUGUUCAAGUACCAUGUGAUUCUUAAUGAGCUGCUCUUCCCUGACCGCUUGCCUGAUGGCACACUGAAAAGCACUCUGCUUGGAACUGAGUACCAGGUCCAGUUCCACUUGGACAACAACAACCAGACAGUUGUGAAUGACAUUCCUCUUGACGGGAGCGUCACAGUAACCCAGAACGGAGUCAUCAUAACGCUCCCUCAGGUCCUCAAAGUCCGCCGCAACAGAUGCAGCAAAAUGACCUACCUGCAGGUCGAGGGAAGAUGUACAGACUGUAAUGGACCACCCCGAUGCAUUUUCUAUCACAAACCAAUCAAAAAACAGUUUCCAGCCAACAUGCAACCCAACUGUAGGUACAGGAAGCGGGUCGGAUCCAGGAGGAAGUCUGUGCUGGGCUGUGUCAUCAAAUGUCUCCGGACCACUAUGGAUCACUCCUGUUGCCCCGGUUACUAUGGCCACGAGUGCUUCAAAUGCCCCGGAGACGUCGGCAGCUGGUGCUCCAAUCACGGGGAGUGUCAUGAUGGUAACCAUGGCAAUGGCGAGUGCCAGUGCUACGAGGGUUUCCAUGGAACUGCGUGUGAGGACUGUGAGCCGGGGAGAUACGGAGUUAACUGCUCCUCCAAGUGUAAUUGUGCCAACGGGAAGUGUGAGGAUGGUCUGACAGGAAGUGGCAGGUGUGUGUGUUAUAAAGGCUGGAAAGGAGCCUCCUGCUCUCUAGAGAUCAAAGAUGACGCCUGUGGAGGUGUGUGUGACGAAAACGCCAAGUAAGUCAAUGUGUCCUCAGUUGCUGUGUUUCAUGAUGGUAACAGCACAAGCACAAAAAACAACAAAUAUUAUAUUUACUGACCAUAAUAUUCUUUUUGAACUCAGUGCUACCCAGUACAGUUAGGCUUAAAUUUUAAUUCUGCACACCUCAUUAAUAGUCAGGUUUUGAUAACAUGGUCCAAAAGGGGGUUAAUAUCCAUUAUAGGCAUAUUUGCAGAUGCAUAUAGCCUUUAACCUGCCAGCUCUGCACUUUAAAGUCUGUGGGAUGUCCAAUUAAGCUCAUGUGAGAGCACCACAGGUAACUGUCCAAACAGAGAAUUCCCAUCAUAGUAACGGGAACGUGGAUGAAGCUCUUUCUGCAGGCUCCAUGUGAGAAAGCUGUGGGAAAUUAGUGAUAAUAUUAUUAUAAUAUUAUUAGCUGCCUUUUCUCUGCUUGGGCCAGGCAAGUAAAUGAAUGUUGCUGGUUGAUAUUGGUGUUUAAGACACCUAUAUCAACCAGCAACCAUGCUAGGUUGUUGGUUUUAAGAAAAUGAGGUUUGUUCUGAGUUUAACUAAUCAGCAUUGAACCUUGGCAGUUUUUCAGAGCUACUCACUUUUUACUCUUUACUCUACAUCAGCGGUCCCCAACCCCCGGGCCUCGGACCGGUAGUGGUCCAUGAGUCGUUUGGUACCGGGCCGCAAGAGUUGAGGCUCAGGUGUG